AUGCCAAAUUUACCCAGCAUCCAGGAGAUGCUCAAUGGUGCUCUACCAGACCCGAUCUACGCGACUCAAAAGUCGCAAGAGGAUACGAAUACGAUGGCCAUCACCAUGUCCAGAGUGCCAUCGGUUGAUCACCUUUACCUUAACCCACCUCAAACAACAAUCUCAACAGCGCAUGCGCCGUCGGAGGGAAGAGACUCUCCAAGUGAUAAAAGUGACACGUCUAGUCAGACAAACUUACUGGGUCCAGCGCCAUCACCUGGAUACAUGGCCUCAGUGAGUCCCGUUUGGAGGUGCGUUGAACAAAGCGACACCUCACCUCGCAAGCCUCUCCAACAUCAUCUAUAUUCAUCUAGAUAUCCUGGUACAAACCCAUCAUCAGCCGGUUCUAGUCCCACUCUGGGAAAUUUAGACUUGGAAGAUAUGCUGCAAAGUGUUCGAAGUCAGUCAGAUCGUACAUUGGACCUAGGCCUGAGCACAGUCAGGCACUCCGUGUCCGAGGCGUUGAGUGGGACUCUCAGGCCGGCUCAUGCUCAGGGAUGGUACCAGCCAAGUCCGGAUGGCAACAAAUUUUGUAAAAAGCUGGAAGACCGCAUCCAUGGGAUGAACAUGAACGAAUUGGUAGCUUCGUUUUUUAAACGUGACGCAAACAGAGCAACCUACGGCGACCGUGUUGUUAUUCCGCGCCGGCCUCACGACAAGAAGCAGAAAUGCGAAGGUCCCAGGUUCGAAAGCAAGCUGGGACUGGGAGUCAGGGGUGAGAAGAAACCUCACGCAGUGCUAGAACAAGAGAGGCGUGAGCGUCACCGCGAGUUCCAAAACCAGAGUUGUAGCCGUUCACCUGAUAUCGCGGCAGAAUGUGGCGGUGAACAUGCGGAUGAAAGCAAAGAGGCUCGGACCCAACGUGCCAAAGGGCCAGGGAAAGACGAACAGCUUUGCACCGCCAUCUACUCACAGGAGCUGAGUGGUAGAGUGGUGCAGUCGGAGCAUGAUGGCCGCAAGAGGGCUGAGAAAGUGGCGUGGAUGUUGCUUGAACUGCUCGAGGUCGUCUUGUUACGGCAGAAGCAUGAGGAUACCUGGUCUCCGGGACGGAGCCGUCGUUGCUCUACUCACAGCAGUCGCCUGGGCUUGGAGCGUGCCGGCCAAAAGCGGACACUAGACAAGGUCAAUCACGACGAGAUUCGAAGCCAUGAGGGACCGGCCAAUACAUCUGAGAGCAAUAGCGAUUUCGAUCGCAGUCAGUCGGCAGCCAGCAGUCCCUGGAACCGGUAUCGAACCCAUUACCACUUUCAUGGACCAUCGUCAACCUUGCAGAGUCUGCCACCUUCACCAGCCCCGAGCAUCGAGGAAGUCGAGGGAAGUAGUUCGUCAGAUCAAGCCAGCAGAAAUGGAUACAGUGUUCCGACGCAAAAUUACCAAUGA